AUGGACAUACUACCAAAUGCGCCUUGCGCUCAUUGCAAGUUCAUCAGUCCUCACAAUGGAGAAAACAAAUGGGGUAGGAUCAGCAUCCCUUAUAACCGCGUCGAUCAAUACCCGAACUUUCCUGCACUCGAGGUUUCCGCUCGGAAAGGAUGUGCUUUUUGUGGCCUCUUGAGGCAUGCUCUACAAGAUAAGUACAGCGACGAGAAGAUAGCAGAAGCCGAGAGCGAUUUUCACCCAGAAAUUCGCGCCAAGUGGCCCACAUCCGGAUGGAAUGGCCUGGUGACAGUCGACCGUGCAGUCUUUUCAACCGAAGAAGACUGGACUGAACGUGAUCGGAGUCAAGCAACCGACCAGUCUCUCGGUGGUGUUCACACUCUGUCCCUUGGAGUCUGGCCGUAUCCUCCACGACGCAACGUUAGUAGCCCUGAAUCCAACCUUACUUGGGUAUGGUUCGCAGUGUACGCGGAUUCCGACGUUGGUCCGGCAGACAAUUCACAACAUCCGCGUCUAAUAGUCACUUCAAAGGAGUCAGGAGAAUAUGUGGCCCUCAGUCACUGCUGGGGAUCGUUAAUCGCGUUUGAUUCGGGCCAGCACGCUCGGACAUUGAAAAUCAACCUCAAAGACAUGUUAGGUGGGAUACCUCUGAACAUGUUACCCCAGAACUUUCAGGAUGCAGUUCUCAUUGUUCGGAAGCUGCAGUUGCGCUUUCUAUGGAUUGAUGCUUUGUGCAUCAUUCAAGAUGACCCAGCGGACUGGGCAAGGGAAGCUGCGAGAAUGAACGAUGUCUAUGGAUCAGCCUAUCUGACUAUAGCUGCAACUUCCGCUAUAUCUAGUACUGAUGGUUUCCUAAAGCGGUCGCAGGAGACGACCAUCAGUAUACCCUACUACAAGGACGUUCGCGCCGAUCCUGCCGGCCUCCUCUUCCUAGCUUACAUGCGAACGGGUGGCGAUCAAGGGUCUUGGUUUUCUAACAUAGAAACAGCUCGCUGGAAUACCAGAGGCUGGACCUUUCAGGAGCGCUUCCUAUCAAAACGCGUGCUGCAUUUUACCGAAAGAAAGUUGUUUUGGGAAUGUCGUGCGACCGACGCCUCGGAAGGAAAUGAGCCACCCCGUGAUCCACGUUACCGGACCUCGUGGUUGAAACACGAGGGCCAAGAUGAGUCUGGUCUUUCGCUAGAGCAAACCGCUGGAGCUUCCGAGUCCCACUUUGAUGCGUGGUACAGCAUAGUUUCCAGGUACUCUGCUCGUGAUCUCAGCCGUGAAACAGACGUGCUGCCAGCCUUGUCUGGUCUCGCUCAUGCUUUUAGAGGCGCUCAUGACAUGGGGAAAUGCACUGAUAACAAUGAUUAUCUUGCAGGAAUUUGGCGGGAUGACCUUUUAAGAGGUCUGCUUUGGAAUUCGCACGAUAGCAGCCGGGCAAGCAGAUACAGUCAGUAUAUUGCGCCUACGUGGUCAUGGGCCUCAAUCAAAGGGCAGGUCCAUUUCCCGUCCGGAGGUUUAGGCAUCAAAAGUACCCCAACUUUUGUCAAUGCAAGCUUUGAACCAAAAGCGGACGACCACCUGGGAGCGAUCGUUGCCGCAAAGCUCACUUUGCUUGCAAAGGUUCGACGUCUGUGUGAAGUCGUGGAAAAGGCUUACAGCUCAUGGUAUCCAUGGCAUCUACGAUUCGAGGGAAGACAUAUUGCUAAUGGUGCAUUUGACGUGAACAGUGAAGGUGGCAGGAACACUGUAUGGGCAAUGGAGUGCAUGCUCCAAAAACACUGGGAUUAUCGGGAUCAUCCUACCAUGCUCUUGCUGCAUAGAUCAGGAACUACGCCUGAUACAUACGAGCGCGUGGGAGUGGCGAGAAUGGAAGAACAAUGGCUCGGAUUCUUCAAUGAUUGCGAGCCCCGAGAGAUAGCCUUGGUAUAG